AUGUAUGACGGAUACGCGUCUGUCAAGUCCGUGUCCACCACGUUCGCUGUUCCUGUGGAAGUCUCCUUCAAGUGCAAAUCGCGCACAUGUUCUCUGCGAUCCAUCUCCUGUCCAACUAGAGUGUCCAGCACAGGCUCCAGGUCGCGCAGAGUGUCUCUGUCGUUGCAGUUGUUGGCAAUGUUCACAAGAAACUUGAAAGUGGAGAAAUUAGGAGCAAUCUGCUGGCUCUGCAUCCACUCAAUGCUGGCUAAAACGGUCGAGAGCCAACAUCGGCUGGCGAAGUUGACGCUCUCGUUGAUGGUAGUGCCAAGCGAGACGUUGAACGAGUAG